AGUGUAGCGGCUGAUGGUGUUGUCAACGUCUCUCGUAGCUGUUUCUUCCUGCAUGUUUUUAACCGGUUGAAGUUGCUUUUUGUGGACUCGCAUUUACGUGUAGCCUGCUUCCCCUGGCCCCGGAUUGUACCAGGGUUUCCCUGCGGCGCAAAGCAGAGGGUUUCGUUCUCCUUCCCACUUCUUGCUUCACUCACUCCCCUUGUGACCUUUCCCUUGAAGGCAGCGUGAACGCCACUCAUCAAGAGGUGCAAGGAAUCGUCAUCUAUUCUCCACUCACAAUGUCUGCAACCUCCUCCUUUCCUGCAGUCCCAACUGGGGUCUCGUCCUUUUGCCAGCAAGCUUGGGAACAAGUGUUUGCAAAGGUGAAGCGAGCUGUCGUGUUCAUGGACCCAGCUUGUGCUGAGAGCCUUCACUGGGGCUGUGGAGGAGUGGAGAGGAUGCUACAGGCUGGGGCUCUCAAUGUGAAAGAGUUUUCCAGCUUUGAAUCUGGUGGGGCUAAACAGCCCAAGGCAGUCUUUGUGGUGAGCAGCUUGCUGAAAGGCAGGACAGUGGACAUCAUUCGUGACAUUGUGAGUCUCAGCCACUUCCAGUAUUGUGUGGUUUUCACAGCAGUCAGUCAUGCAGUGCACUUGCAGGCCCACAAUGCCACAAGCAGUACUGAGGUUGAAGGCAGUAGCCAGGUGGUCUUUGAACAGUUUGAAGAGAAACUCUGCCAGUGGAUGGGUAAUAUGAACUAUACUGCAGAGGUGCAACACGCCACUUUGUUUCUGGCACCUAUUUCACCUCACCUCUUUGUAACACCAGCUUUUUCCUUGCUUUUCCCCCUGAUGGCUCAGGAUUUGAUGCAGAUCAAUAAGACUAGACCAGAGAAGAAAAAGCUUGCUAACCUGACUGAUAUUGACUUCUCAUCCCUGUCUUUAGAGUUGCAGCUUGGAAUCAGGUCACUAGUAUCUAAUUUCAACAGCUUAUUUGAGUACCUCAGUGUGCGGGAGGAAUGUUUUGCUGUUGGGCCACUUAGCAGGAUCAUUGCAGGGGAUCUGGCAAAUUACUCCCAGGCCAAGAGCAGAAGGAAAACAGCACAAAACAGAGCUUCUGUCAUCUUUGUAGACAGGACAUUAGAUCUGGCAGGAGCAGUUGCCCAUCAUGGUGAUAACCUGGCAGAGAAGAUUCUCUCAGUGCUUCCCAAACUUCAAGGUCAUACAAAUGACGUGAAGAUCAAUAUGGUGGAACUAACAAACCUGCAGACUAAAGAUGCAAAUUGCAACAUCAUAGCACCAGGCUGCUUAGCACAACCAAAUGAUCCAGCUGCUAAAGCUCUGUGGGAGUCCUUAAUGAAUCUCAAACAAAAAGAAGCUGUGAUGGAAGUUAGGAGACACCUAGUGGAAGCUGCAAGCAGAGAAAAUUUGCCAAUCAAAAUGAGCAUGGGAAGAGUCACCCCUGAACAGCUGAGCUCAUACAUCUUGCUCUUCAAAAAGAAGCUUGAAGCUCUUGAAAAUCAUUGUGGGCUUCUGCAGAUUGCACUGGCCAUCGUACAGACACUAAAACACCCUCAGAGUGCCAAAUGGGACAACUUUUUAGCCUUUGAAAGGCUUCUUGUGCAGAAUAUUGGGGAGUCGGCAUUACCUAGUGUCCUGAAACAAUUGCUGCCUAUCAUCAAGUCUCAUAAGAACAGGACAUACAAUGAUUAUACUGUUGAAGACCUCCUUGUAUUGCUGGUAUAUAUUUACUCCAUAGUUGGAGAAAUCAAACCUGGGAAAGAGUUAGAUGAAGCUGAAGGAGAAGUGAAGGAAGCCCUUGUCCAAACUAUUUGUGAUGAACCUGAGCUGCCUAUCUUACUGCAGAAAAUCACAGGCUGUGAGUCUUCCCUCGAUCUGACAUUUCAGAAGUCCAUGGUUGCAGUGAAUGAGAUCUUUAAGGCCCUCCGGGAUGUUUCGAGAGCUCGGACACACAUGAAGCAGUUUACUUCUAUACAUAUCCCUGGAAGCCAUAUUCAACAGGCCUCUUAUAAACCAUUACUGAAGCAAGUGGUGGAGGAGAUAUAUAAUCCAGAUCGACCUGACCCUGUUGAUAUUGAACAUAUGUCUUCUGGACUCACAGAUCUCCUCAAAACAGGAUUCAGCAUGUUUAUGAAGGUGAGCCGUCCUCAUCCUAGUGAUCAUCCUCUGCUGAUCAUCUUCAUGGUUGGUGGAGUGACUGUUUCUGAAGUCAAAAUGGUAAAGGACCUUGUAACAGCGCACAAGCCUGGCGUGCAGGUAAUUGUCCUCUCCACAACUCUUCUGACUCCAUAUAACACUCUGGAGUUGCUGUUUGCCACAGACCAUCUUCAGCCAGACAUGGGUAUCUGAAAAUCAAAACUGGUUUUCCAUCUGUCCCCUGAGAUAUUCUUGCUAAAAUUAGAGAUCCUGAAAUUUCACAUGACCUUGAUUUUAACACUGGAGGAAGUCGAUUUGAUAGUUGCCUGUCCAGAAAAGUAUCUACACUAGCAGAGCCAUUGAAAAUUGGUUCAUUUCUUCAGUGACAUCAGGUUGAAUUUUAGCUCCUCUUCCUGCAUUAUGCUGUACUUAGCUGAAAUCUUUUUUCUUUAGGCUUGUUAGCAUCAGUGGUGGUUAAAGGCAACCUCAGGGGGUAGAGUUCACUGCGUAUAACAAUUUCCUGGGAAGACUGUAAAACAAGAGAAGACGGCAACAGAAGCUUCCUGAGUUUGCCUUUUCUUUAGCAGUGAUGCUCAUGCCUUUUUGGUUGUCUUGUAAAAGAAGAUGGCACCAGAGAUCAUGUUGAGCACUGAAUGGCAAAUUCUGUCUUAAAUGUAAUAUUCCACUGACAGUUUGCAUGCCCUAAGGUUUUUUUUCAUAAUAUUUUAUAAAGGGGGUGUCAUUUCUAAUAUUGGAUAGGUUUUGUAGUAGUAGCCCAAUUACAAGCCAGUAAGAGAAGGGAUUGGAAUUGCCUGCUAAUUACUUUCCCAGUGAUCUCCAUCUCCCACUGGUCCAACAUGAAAUCAGUGUCCUAGAUGGUGCUCGUCAUCUGAGUGACAUUACCCAGAUGAUAACUGUAUCCUUUGACAGCUAACCAUGAGUUCAUACAUCACAGAAUCAGCCCUGUGUGACUGGAGAUCCUGAGACUGGAAAACUGACUUUCAAAAUAAAGAUGUGAAUUUGCUUCAGAACAAAAGCCAACACUAUUCAGGGUAUCUGCCUUUAGACCAAGGCUAUAGCAGUCUAAGGAGCAAUUUAUACAGUUGGUAGGAUCACAUAGGAAAGUCACUCCAAGACCUUACAGCUGCUGUCCAAAUGAUUCUCCAGUUGGGGAAAAGACAUCAUUCACUUGGGAAACUAGCAUGUCAAGGAGAAGGUUAACCUACCUGACAUGUUAGCUUUAUAUAGGAAGAAAGUUCCCACCUCCUUUUUAUAUUUAUUCAUCACUUUUAUAGACUGCCCCAUUUCAAGAUCCCAUGGCGAUACCAAUAUGGUAAAUAUUCUACGCUGUCCCUUGCCAGCAAGUCAUUCAGAUGUGAAAGAUGCCACCAUCACAUCAGAAAGAAAAACUUUAUUACUUGAGUCAGCGGAAUAUCUUGAAAUGUAGGAUGCUCACGGAAGCAACUGUAUUAAAAUAUCUUGCUGGGCAGACCAAGGAUUAAUUGGAUGGAACAUAUUUCAUUUUACUUAGUAACUCUCUCUCCCACCCUCUCUCGCAUGCUUCUUCCCUCCCCGUUUCCCAUUACAUAAGGAGCAGAUUAUAAUUUCAGUAGGUUUAAUGCUAAGAAUACAGCUAAUUAUUUUCUUAGGCUUCAUUUUUGAAUAACUGGUAGAGAGUUUAGGAAAAGAAAAAAAGUAUCUGAUAAAUCAAGCCCAAAUAUGAAUUGUCUUUUCUUUUCUGAAUUGUAUUCAAAUUGCUUCAAACAGCUAGUGGCUCUUUGUUAGUUUUACAGCUGUAAAAUAUAGCUAGACACUCUGUUUUUUUUCUCAGUGUAACUCAUUCCAGCAGCUUUGCUUGAUAACUUGUUGCAAGGCGCAGUCAAGUUGAGGCCUUCUCCAAUCUAGCAGAUGCAGUUUAUCCCUUCAUAAAAGACUUUUAGUUUGUGGCUCUUUGUGAAGACAAUCUAAGUUUGGCUGUAAGACAACAUUUUGGCUAAGGGAAGAGAACAAAAACCUGUGUGUGAAACAUUGCUCAGAGGAAAAGGCUCACUUUGAGUAUUUCUUUUACAGCGAUGAGCAUUGGAUGUGCUGGCAUGCUCUGUUUGAUAGACAGGUGACAAAUCAGGCAAAGCAGAUCUGUGCAGCUAUUGAUCUGAAGCGCUUAGGAAGGAGAAGGGCAAAGACAAGCAGUCUCCAUGGUUACCAUUCCAUUUCUGUCACGUUGUGUUAAUAGACUACGUAUUUUGGAAAUUAUUUGAGCAAAAUCCGCAGACCCCUUAGGGAAGGUGUGCCUUUUAUCUCUUCGUCAACCCCUUGCGAGCUUGGUGACCUAGACCAGUUUUUGGAGAGUCUGAUCACUUGGCGGCUGCCCCCAAAGCCUCUUGGGAAGCUCUGGAGCCAGACUACAGGUGGCUUCCGCCUUGAAUGGGGCUCCUGUUUCCCACGCAUGGUUGCUCUGCCAUGGAGCCAGCCAGGGCUUCACUGGCGCAGUUCGCUCUCAGGACAGAAGAGCCCGGGCCAUUCCAAAAGACCACUGGGCACUGCAUGCCACAGAUCACUGCUUGCAACUCAUGUGGCUUUUCUAAAGUACUUUUCACUUUGGAGCUUGCAUUACUAAGCCUCUGAAGAAGGCAGAUGCAGGCCCUAGUUGAAUGGCCUCCUGUAUAGGAAGCCCAUCAGCAAAAGGAGAGGGAUGAUGGUGAUGGGCCAGCCACCCCAAGGCACUCUAGGUUAGGGAUGGGCAACAUCCAGGAGUCAGCGGCCAGCUUCGCUCCCCACCAGGGGCAACAUCUGUUAUCACCCCCAUGGGAACGCGCACACACCACCACCCUCGCCAAAGUUUGCCACUGCAGGCAAAAAGUGACAGGUGUUUAAAACAGGGUGCAUGAGGAACAUGCAUUGUCUGGAAACAAAACUGGGCUCCAGAGGUUUCCUGGAGUUGCAAACCAGCCGAAUGCAAAAUCAUCACUUUUUUGCUAUUGCUGCAAAUGCAGCCGUGGUGGUCUGUGGGGGGGCAUGCAGCCCAUGUAUUUCCCACCUUUGCGCUAAUAUUUUGAGGAAGGCUCUGUAAAUGUUUUGUUGUUGCUUUUUUCUUUUUUUUGGAUGACACAAAGUAUAGCUGCCCACAGUUCCCAGUAUCUUAUGGGAGUGGCUGCAUAGAACAGCGCCAAUUAGUGAAAUGGCGGAGAGGGGAGAAAGAGGUGGCUGUUGCCAUACAAAUUUGUGGUUGUACUACCAACAUGUGUUGUUGGAGAGGGCAGAUAUUGUUUAUACUUGUGUCGCAUUACUGAAAGCAGUGAAGCUGUCUUCUCUAUAAGUGGUCGCCGUCCCAGCCAAUGCUUUUUUAUCUUAUGGCACAACUCUGUAUAUAUGUAGAGAUGAAUAAGCCCUACAACUUCCAGCAUUCCCCAAACAGGGGAUAACUUUUUCUCUCUAAACAUGCUAAGAUUGUGUCUUUAAUUACUUUAAGACAUUUCCAUGACUCUCAAGCCUUAAUUAGUUUAAGUAGUUUCCAUGCCUCCACCGUGUUCCUUUAAAAAAAAAUGGAUAUAAAACAGGACAAUUGCAUGAGAAACAUUGUUUAAUGCUGAAACAAAAAAUGAGAACUGUGUUCUGUUAAAGAUGCUGUCAACAUAAAAAUAAAUAAGUUACAGCUUAAGAAGAAAAA